AUGGCCGGGGUGGUGCGCUCCCUGGGCCGCUGCCUCUGGCCGGCGGCGGGCGGCGACCCCGAGGCGGCGGCCGGGCCGGUGGGCCGGCGGGAGCUGGAGCGCGAGGCGCGGCGCCGGAGCCGGGAGAUCGACGCGCUGCUGGCCCGCGAGCGCCGCGCCGUGCGCCGCCUGGUGCGGAUCCUGCUGCUGGGCGCCGGCGAGAGCGGCAAGUCGACCUUCCUGAAGCAGAUGCGCAUCAUCCACGGGCGCGAGUUCGACCAGAAGGCGCUGCUCGAGUUCCGCGCCACCAUCUACGAGAACGCCCUCAAGGGCUGCAGAGUUCUAGUCGAUGCACGGGACAAGCUCGGCAUUCCUUGGCAAUACGCGGAAAAUGAGAAACAUGCCAUGUUCCUCAUGGCCUUUGAAAAUAAAGCAAGCAUGUUCAUUGAACCCUCCAUGUUUCAGUUGUACGUACCAGCUCUGACCGGCCUGUGGAAGGAUUCUGGGAUCAAGGAAGCUUUCAGCCGUCGAAGUGAAUAUCAACUGGGUGAAUCAGUAAAAUAUUUCCUGGAUAAUCUGGAUCGGAUUGGCCAGUUGAAUUAUUUCCCCAGUAAACAAGACAUCUUACUGGCUAGAAAAGCGACCAAAGGAAUCGUGGAGCACGACUUCAUUAUUAAAAAGAUCCCUUUCAAAAUGGUGGACGUGGGUGGACAGAGGUCUCAGCGCCAAAAGUGGUUCCAGUGUUUCGAUGGCAUAACCUCUAUACUGUUUAUGGUCUCCUCCAGCGAAUACGACCAGGUCCUGAUGGAAGACCGACGCACAAACAGACUAGUGGAGUCCAUGAACAUCUUUGAGACCAUUGUCAACAACAAGCUCUUCUUCAACGUCUCCAUCAUUCUGUUUCUGAACAAAAUGGACCUCCUGGUGGAGAAGGUCAAGACGGUCAGCAUCAAGAAAUAUUUCUCAGACUUCAGAGGUGAUCCUCACCGUCUGGAAGACGUCCAGCGCUAUCUGGUACAAUGCUUUGACCGGAAGAGGCGGAAUCGCAGUAAGCCCCUUUUCCAUCACUUCACAACCGCCAUCGACACCGAGAACAUCCGCUUUGUUUUCCACGCGGUGAAGGACACCAUCCUUCAGGAGAACCUUAAGGAUAUAAUGUUGCAGUGAGUGAAGAGGGAAUUCUCUCCCUGGAAUCCUAGCCCGAUGUAGGCCCAUCGCUGUGGCUUUUGCUGUGUGUCUUUUCUUGGAAGAGCCAUGCUGUGCCUUGAGUUAGGAAAGCUGGGCAGGAGAAGCAGAAGUAGAAGAAUGGCAGAAGUUUAUGUGAGCUCUUGCAUCGGUCAACUCAAAACACAACGGAACGAUGUUUCCUCUUGGCUUUUGGAAACCCUCGUGGCGAAAUGGCAACCAAGGUGUCUGCGUGAAUUAAUCUUAUUCUACGACAAUGCCAGAAUGUUCUGGCUUCCAUACCUGUCAGCCUUAAACUAGUUUUGGGUGCUGAAAUAAUGAAUUCAGUAACAUAGUUCACUUCUUCACUGGGGGUUCUUUUUAAGAGAAUACAUUGCAAUACAUUGUUAUAAUUCCAAGAUCAAUAUAGGAGCCAGGUGUGUACACAAGAGGUCCGCCAACAUUUGGAUUGUAUUUGCAACUGGUUAUCUUAGCUCUGGCUUAAGGAAUCUGUCUUCAGCUUUCCUCAUGUAGAAAUCCAGAGUUGGAAACUGAAUUUAGACAGUCAUACGAGCAAAACAUUUUUUUUAUAGCAAGAUAUAUCAAAGCUGGUUAGGUAUCCAAAGCAGUUACUGCUUGAUGAGACAUAGCUUCAGCAAUAGUAGUGAAAAUACACGCCUAGUGCUUUGUUAAAACAUCUUUGAUUCUGUUUAAAAUUAGAUCUGUAUAAAAAAAAAUCCCUCACUGCAACUGUUAGGCUGUUUCCUGUCUAACACAGAAGUUAAUCCAAUUUUUAGAUAGGUCUUGGCAAGGAACAACUGCCCAUAGCACUGUAGUGAAUUGCUCUUUAAAAAAAAAUUCAGUCUUUUGGAGCCACUGAGUUUGGAUUAAUGGUCUUGCUUUGAGUUUAUUCUUAAUUAUAUAGGGGUUUACCAAUGUAUGUCAUAAAUGCAUUUUUUAAAAAUCCACAUAAACCUGACACAUGUAAUUCGCCCCUUUAAGGCUAGAAUACAGUAUGUGUGAAUUUGCAGAAGGCUGUGAAUAACAUUGAUGUGAGCUUAUUUUUUUCAUUCUAAAACGUUAUAUUUAACUAUGGGUGCCUUUCUUUUUUGUACAGACAGUUCACACUUUUGUCUACUCUUGAGGUAUGUAUUAAUCAACCUUUUGUCCUGCCUUAUCCAUCCUACAAUCAUUAUUCAGGGAUAAUCUUAAACAUAAGAAAUGUUUACUGUGACUUUGGUACCAUAUUUUGUAAUAAAACCGAAGGGCUUCAUCUUUCCUAUAUCAACUUCUUCUGCAUUGCCCUUUGCGGACAAUCAAAUGCAAGGCCAUUUUCUAGGCGCUGAUAGCACAAAUAAUAACCAGUUUAAAAAUCUUUCGUGACUUCCAGUUAGGGGAAUUCUUGAGAGUUUUUUCCCCCUUGUGGGUGGAUUACUCACACAGCCGUGUUUUCGGUGUGGUGUGCCCCAUUCUAAAGGCCACACUUUCCAUUUUGAUAGUAUGUUUUGUGCAAAGUUGAGCUGUUUCUGAGAUGAGGGCUACCUUGGUUUCCAGGUCUUAAGUAAGACAGACUUAACCAUGAAAAGCCACAGACUUCAGCUUUGGAGGCAGUUUCUUUUAAGAGCUUACCUAUGAACGCACCUGGAAGCAGUUAACAUCUGGAAUCCGUUAUUUUACCAUUUCUGAAUAAGAUGUUGCCUUUUGCCAAGAAUCAGUUUUGUCAGCGGAAAACGGUUGUCUGGUGACAAGGGGAAAGGCAUCUUAAGCUUGAUGGUCAGUUGGGCCUUAUUUUAUAAUUAGAGCUAAUGCUAUAUUUAUCCUUUGGAAAUCCUAAAGUGGCCCAGGGACUUCUGAUACAUUUGUUGGAAGAGUAAUCUUGCUAUGGGGAAGGGCCCAAACUCUAUGAAAUUCAGAAACAUCAUAAUGGCACAUAUGUACAUAUUUUAAUUCAUUUCUUUGCCAGUGGUUUCUGUGUAGCUGGAAUUUGGUGUGUCCGGUAACAUGACUUCUAACACUUUCUCUCCAGUAGUAGCACAAACCACUUUACAAGUACUUAAAACCUGAAUUAUGCUACCAGUCACCUUUUAAAGUGGUUUUGAAAGAACAAGGUGCUAAUAUACUGUAUUUAUCAAAACUUAAUUUUAUUCUUUUUUCUAUUGUAGAAGCAUGCCUUGCUGAAUGUAAUAUACAGCUCUAUGUUUCUUUGAUACCAAAUAACAAGUUUGUGGUAUAACAGAGCUCCGUACUGAGGGAAAUAAAUGUGGUGAUUAUCACAGGUUUUGAUAGACA